AUGUCGACUUCUUGUGAAGGCAUUCGCGUCGCUCUCAAGUCGUGUCUCAUACGUUCUGAGUGUGUACUUAAGCACAAUAAUUUGCCCUCAGAAUGCCUACGAGACCAUUUUGACGAGCUACCGACGGAAUGCAAGCAGCUUCGGCAGUCACUCUACGAAUGCAAGAAAGGGAUGCUCGAUAUGAGGAACAGAUUCCGAGGAAACCCUGGUGCAAAAAUCUCGAACAAGCUGCUAGAAGAGCAGGCGCAAGAGGAGCUGGCAUAA